UAAUUUUUACUGUCAAACAAUGAUCAGUGCUAAGAGACUCAUCAAGAUGGCCAAGAAAUGGCAGAAGUUUGCAGCAAUGCAGAGGAAGAGAAUUACUUUUUCAAGAUCCAAUGAACAUGAUGCUGAUAGUUGUAGCACGCCAUCUGUUGUAGUUGACAAAGGGCAUUUUGUGGUUUAUACGGCUGAUCAAAAGCGCUUUGUGGUUCCUUUGGCUUAUCUUCAAAAUCAGGUAAUCAUACAACUACUGAACAUGUCUGAAGAUGAGUUUGGACUCCCAACUGAUGGCCCUAUUACAUUACCAUGUGAUGCCGCUUUCAUGAACUACAUCAUAACACUCAUCAGAAAAGGAGUAGCUGUAGAUCUUCUGAAUGCUUUGCUUGUAUCGGUUGCUUCCAGUCGAUGCUCAUCAGCUACGUGCCUACGGGAACAAAGAAACACACAAUUGCUAGUUUAUUGACCUGACCAUCAUAAGUUUUGUUACAGAUUCAUGAUAUUCAACAAGUGUACAGCAUAUUCAUGAUCAUUUAUCUUUAGUAAAUGAUAGACCAAAACAGAUGAAAAGUAGGCAAAUGAAAGAGUGUAAAUGCAGUAGAGUUUUAUCUGAAUUUAACCAGAUUUAGAUUUA